CCAAUUCCCCCCCAUCUACCUUCCAUCCCUCCCAACCACCAAUCCCCCAAAAAUAAUACCACAAAAUGCCCCCCACAAUCCUCUUCGUCCCCGGCUUCUGGGAAGGUCCUACCGUCUUCGACCCCAUCUCCACCAUCCUAACCGCCCACGGCUUCAUUACCGAAACCGCCAUCCUCCCUAGCACAGGCACCACAUCCCCGGGUAACCCCAGCAUGGCCGACGAUAUCGCGUCCGUGCGCGCCCAUCUGCAGAAGAUUGUCCAGCGCGGAGAAGAAGUCAUCCUCGUGUUGCACUCCGCGGGCGGGUUCCUGGGCAGUGCGGCCAUGGAGGGACUGGCGAAGGCGGAUGUUGGGAGUGGUGGAGGAGUGGUUAAGAUUGUGUUUCUUAGUGGGGCGGUGUUUCCGGUGGGGUUUGAACAUCAGCCGUUGCCGUUUGGUGUCACUGAGGGUGGUGCGAUGUACUGCGCUCAACCAGAGGUUCUUCUUCUAGAUGAUGUCCCGGAGCCCGAAAAGACGAAGUGGUUGGGUGUGUUGAAGCCGCAGCCGGCACAGGGAUGGGAUGGAAUUGUGCCCUACGCUGGGUGGCAGGAUGUGCCGAGUGUUUAUCUGAUUUGUGAAGGGGAUAGGGCUCUUCCGGUGGGUCUUCAGGAGCAGUUGGCUGGGUUGGCGGGGAGUCAGGUUGAGAGGUGCAGUGCGGGACAUUUGCCUCAGGUUAGUCAGCAGGAGAGGGUGGUGGAGGUGAUUGAGGCUGCUGCUGUGGGGUUGUGAGGGUAAUGGAUGGUUGGGGGACGUCUAUGGAGUGAUGAGAUUAAGUGCAUGAUAUUCGGCGAGAUGGAUGAGAGGGGGCUGUAAAGUGCAUCAUUGCUAGCUGAUCUAGACGAAUGGUGGGUUUCCAUGCAUGGAUACUAAACGCGAGAUGUUCUCAUUGAUACAUAAGUAUUGAACAUCAGUCUGAAUCAUCCGACUG